AUGAGACCCACACAUCUAAGGUCAAAGGCUUUAGGUGAGAGAGAGAGAGAGAGAGAGAGAGAGAGAGAGAGAGAGAGAGUAGCUGUAUGCGCCUAUAGACCGGCCUAUUAG